AUGUUUAUUUCUGCUGCAGCCACAUUGGUAACGGCUAUUAAUAAUGAAUGCAACGCAUUGAAAAAAUCAAACAAAGAGUUUCACAACUUGACAAUCCAUGAACGGGGACGUCUAGAAGCUUGUGUUUUCAACUACCUUGUUGAGAAGGAAGCAAAAUUUACUACCAGUGAGGAUUCGCUUCACAGCAAACCACCCCCUGAAAGCAAGUUGACCAUUCAGAUCGACGAUGCAACAAUUCGACAUGUUCAGCUGUCUUCUGGAAGCUCGUAUCAAUUCCAGAUCUUUGGGGAUAUCUACCUGGCUUGGGAAGACUCUCGGCUGAAAUGGGAUCAUUCCGAAUGGAAGAUAGAGAACUUGUAUGUUCACGACUCACACAAAAUCUGGACUCCAAAUUUGAUCGAUCACAGUAUCUGCACCGAUAUCACUACAUGCUCUGCCGAAUUAACAGAUGUUGAAAUCGACAGUGAAGGGCGUGCUUAUGCCCGACUCGGCUAUCGAUAUUCUGCUUAUUGUACUGUUGAUUAUACUAGGUUCCCAGAAGAUGAGAAUCGGUGUUGCAUAUACUUCACUGCUUUUGAGCCUGAUCGAGAAGUCACUUUUUCUUUGCAAACAGAAGGAAGAAAGAAGGUUGAUCGACCAGUGACGGUGCAGAAUCUCUAUGACCACUUGAAAGGUCUUUCAACUCUCGCUGAUGAGCAUUCUGCUUGGGUGAUCGAUGAACACACGGUGGAUGUUACGCACCUGGCUGGUAUAAGUACUCUACAAGUACUGAAACUCUGUGUACAUGCUGAGAAGAAAAUGAGCACCGUGAGGCUGGCACUAAAGAUGCCAAUUACUAUUGCGACCUUGAUCAUGUUGAUAUCUCCACUGUUUGGCGAUCUGCAGGCGCAGAUCUACAUCAAGCUCUUCAUUCUUACCCUACAGACAGUCUGUUUCUUGUACGUUUGUUCGAUUGCACCUUCGAAUGGUUUCGCCGGGACGAGGCCAAGAUUGUAUAGCUACUAUGAGCUUAUCUUUGUGAUGUCAUCAAUCAGUGUGGUUAUAACACUGACAUGUGUUGCGCUGAGUAGAGUGAAGAGGACUAUCGCACCGAAACAUCGCGUCUACCUUGCAGCUAAAUUGGUCAAUCGCAUCGUUUGCUGUAUCGAGCCUGAACAAGCUACAUCUUAUCAUCGUUAUUUAGAGGAUGCAGAUCGUCAAGCGACCACAAACGAGCAAGAUGCAACGAUGGAAUGGAAGCAUGUCUACUUAGCUGUGAACAAUAUAGCUUCGGGAGCGUUCUUCUCAAUUUAUCUGAUUAUUAUUUUGAUAUACUGGAUUUGA